CGUCUCCACCGUGGGCCGCGCCUUCCCGGCCCCGCGCCUGGCCGGCUCCUCGCGCCCUCCCCUCACCCGGCCGCUCGUUGGGCUACCUCUGGGUGUGGGGCCGCUCGCGCCAGUGUGAGCCUGAGCUGGCGGCGGCUCCGGGAGGCUCGCAGAAGGGGAGGGCCGGGCGGCGCCGGAGCUGAGCAUCGCCAGGGCGGGCGGCAGGGCGCGGCCUCUGCCGGCUGCACCACCUGUCGCGGCGCGAGACCUCUGGUGAAAGAAAAGAUGUUGUCCCGGUUAAGAGUAGUUUCCACCACUUGUACUUUGGCAUGUCGACAUUUGCACAUAAAAGAAAAAGGCAAGCCACUUAUGCUGAAUCCAAGAACAAACAAGGGAAUGGCAUUUACUUUACAAGAACGACAAAUGCUUGGUCUUCAAGGACUUCUACCUCCCAAAAUAGAGACACAAGAUAUUCAAGCCUUACGAUUUCAUAGAAACUUGAAGAAAAUGACUAGCCCUUUGGAAAAAUAUAUCUACAUAAUGGGAAUACAAGAAAGAAAUGAGAAAUUGUUUUAUAGAAUACUGCAAGAUGACAUUGAGAGUUUAAUGCCAAUUGUAUAUACACCGACGGUUGGUCUUGCCUGCUCCCAGUAUGGACACAUCUUUAGAAGACCUAAGGGAUUAUUUAUUUCAAUCUCAGACAGAGGUCAUGUUAGAUCAAUUGUGGAUAACUGGCCAGAAAAUCAUGUUAAGGCUGUUGUAGUGACUGAUGGAGAGAGAAUUCUGGGUCUUGGAGAUCUGGGUGUCUAUGGAAUGGGAAUUCCAGUAGGAAAACUUUGUUUGUAUACAGCUUGUGCAGGAAUACGGCCUGAUAGAUGCCUGCCAGUGUGUAUUGAUGUGGGAACUGAUAAUAUCGCCCUCUUAAAAGACCCAUUUUACAUGGGUUUGUACCAGAAACGAGAUCGCACACAACAGUAUGAUGACCUGAUUGAUGAGUUUAUGAAAGCUAUUACUGACAGAUAUGGCCGGAACACACUCAUUCAGUUUGAAGACUUUGGAAAUCAUAAUGCAUUCAGGUUCUUGAGAAAGUACCGAGAAAAAUAUUGUACUUUCAAUGAUGAUAUUCAAGGGACAGCUGCAGUAGCUCUAGCAGGUCUUCUUGCAGCACAAAAAGUUAUUAGUAAACCAAUCUCUGAACACAAAAUCUUAUUCCUUGGAGCAGGAGAGGCUGCUCUUGGAAUCGCAAAUCUUAUAGUUAUGUCUAUGGUAGAAAAUGGCCUGUCAGAACAAGAGGCACAAAAGAAAAUCUGGAUGUUUGACAAGUAUGGUUUAUUAGUUAAGGGACGGAAAGCAAAAAUAGAUAGUUAUCAGGAACCAUUUACUCAUCCAGCCCCAGAGAGCAUACCUGAUACUUUUGAAGAUGCAGUGAAUAUACUGAAGCCUUCAACUAUAAUCGGAGUUGCAGGUGCUGGCCGUCUUUUCACUCCUGAUGUAAUCAGAGCCAUGGCCUCUAUCAAUGAAAGGCCUGUAAUAUUUGCAUUAAGUAAUCCUACAGCACAGGCAGAGUGCACGGCUGAAGAAGCAUAUACACUUACAGAGGGCAGGUGUUUGUUUGCCAGUGGUAGUCCAUUUGGGCCAGUGAAACUCACAGAUGGGCGAGUCUUUACACCAGGUCAAGGAAACAACGUAUAUAUUUUUCCAGGUGUGGCUUUAGCUGUUAUUCUCUGUAACACCCGGCAUAUUAGUGACAGUGUUUUCCUAGAAGCUGCAAAGGCCCUGACAAGCCAAUUGACAGAUGAAGAGCUAGCCCAAGGGAGACUUUACCCACCACUUGCUAAUAUUCAGGAAGUUUCUAUUAACAUUGCUAUUAAAGUUACAGAAUACCUAUAUGCUAAUAAAAUGGCUUUCCGAUACCCAGAACCUGAAGACAAGGCCAAAUAUGUUAAAGAAAGAAUAUGGCGGAGUGAAUAUGAUUCCCUGCUGCCAGAUGUGUAUGAAUGGCCGGAAUCUGCAUCAAGCCCUCCUGUGAUAACAGAAUAGAAGCACUCCCCUGAUAAAUACUAUCUGUGCUCCAGGGAACCCCUUUUUUCAGACAAGAAGAGAUAAUGUCCUCAGUUUUAUGGUGUUUUCUGUGUUUUGUUCUCCCCGACCACUUUGGUUGACGUAUUUUUUCCAUGCAUCUCCACAUCUGUUGGGGUAGACGUGUUGAUUGAUUGCAUUGCCCACCAGCACCCUACAAUCAGAUAGUUGUGAUGCUUUAAUUCUAACAUACAGCCCAUACCACAUCCAGGAGAUGUAAAAAGUGUGUUUGUGAAUGUCUUCACUUGUACUCUAAUUCAGACUUGCCAAAGUAUUUGCUAUUUACUAUUAUGGGUAAUACUCUUCUCUCGCCUAGUUCUUUUAGAGCUACUAAAAUAGAAAUUUACUUUUAUGGAUAGAAGUACAGAAUUUUGAGAAGAAACUAAAUUUUCACCAAAUUUUAAGGAAAAAUUGUCAGUAUCUAAAAAUGUCUUAUAUAUCUGCUUCAUCUUACCUUCAUACUCUGAAAUUCCCUUAUAGCAGACAGAGCUAGGGAAAUAUUAAAAAUUUACCCUAUUUAUUUUCUGGAACUAAAUCAAGCCUUAACUAUAACAUUAUGAGAGUAAUGGGAACUACUGCUGGCUUUGAAUAAAUAAAAGUCAUUGUUUUCAACAGUGUAUAAAAAUCAUAGUGUAACCUUUUUAUUUAAUAAAUAUCUUACAUUUAA